CGGAAGACUGGACAAAGAAAUCAGCAAACCAUCCCUCUCUUCUAGACGAUGGAAAAAAGCUGAGGCUGUCUGAAUUCAGUUCUCCUGCUCCAAUUUCUGGCAGGAUUGCACUGAUGGACUUCCAAUGCCAAUCAAGGUCACUUUUGUUAUUACCCAUUACCAUUGUGUGACGUUAAAAUCAAACCCCUUGGCGCCGUGGGCCAGUUUUUCGACUCCCGAAAAGUACUGAACCCCACCACGUUCUUCGCAACGCACAAAAUCUCGUCAAUUAUCCCGACGACCAAGAUCCCUAGCCCCGCGGCAGCGCAUCGAUAAACACCACAUCAGGGACGCAUUCAGUGUCGCAGCAACCUUAAGAUAGCGUAUUUAUUGACUGCCCAGCAUGGCGCCGUCCUUCGACAAGUUGCGCGAGGAGGACCUCGACGAAGAGGAUAUCGACAUGGACGAGGUUGACAUCUCCGAUCUCCGCGAAAAAUAUGAGGUCCAGCUCGAGCAGGGCUACGACACCUUCGUUGUCAUCGACGGCCUGCCCGUCGUCAACCAGGAGCAAAAGCCGCGACUCAUCAAAUUCCUGCUGAAGAGGCUCAACACGGUCGGCCGGACCAGCGAGGACGCCAUCUACAUGCCCAUGGGCGACGACGGCAUGUCGCUGAGGUUCGCCUUUGUUGAAUUUUCCUCGGCCGCCGAGGCCGCUGCUGCUGUCCGCCAGCUCGACGAUGCCCCGCUCGACAAGAAGCACACGCUGCGCGUCAACAAGCUCACCGAUAUCGACCGCUAUGGCCGCGAAGGCCGCAUCGACGAGGAGUACACGCCGCCCCAGAUUGAGCCAUUCCAAGAAAAGGAGCACCUCCGGUGGUUCAUGGCGGAUCCCAGCGGGCGCGGCAGGGACCAGUUCGUCAUGUUCCGGGGGGACACGGUGGGCGUGUUCUGGAACAACGAGAAGGACCAGCCAGAGAACAUUGUCGACCGGCAACAAUGGACAGAGACCUUCGUACAAUGGUCUCCGCUGGGAACCUAUCUCACAUCCGUGCAUGCGCAGGGCGUGCUGCUCUGGGGCGGCGCUUCGUGGUCGCGGUUGAGGCGGUUCGCUCACCCCUUCGUCAACCUUGUCGCUUUCUCGCCAAACGAAAAGUAUAUGGUCACAUGGUCCAACAGGCCCAUCUCCAUUCCCGACAGCGGUCACCCCGCUCUUUCAGUCGACGACGACGGCAAGAACUAUGUUAUUUGGGACAUCGAGACGUCCAAGCCCCUCCGGUCGUUCGCCCAGCAAGACACACCAGCGGGCGAGGAACAAGGCGCCAAGAAGCCGGCCAAGUUUCCCUGGCCUGCGUUCAAGUGGUCUGCCGACGACAAGUACGUGGCCAGGCUCAACCAGGGCACCUCCAUCUCCGUGUAUGAGCUCCCGAGGAUGAAUCUCCUGGACAAGACGGCUAUCAAGAUCGAGGGGGUGAUGGACUUUGAGUGGGCGCCCGCCACCCCCCGCCGGGAGGGUGUCAAGGAAUAUGAGCAGCUCUUGUGCUUCUGGACGCCUGAAAUUGGCAGUAACCCCGCUAGGGUCGCUCUGAUGAGCAUCCCUUCCAAGCAGAUUGUCCGCUCCCUCAACCUCUUCAACGUCUCAGAUGCCAAGCUCCAUUGGCAAUCCGACGCCUCGUACAUCUGCGUCAAGGUCGACCGACACUCCAAGUCCAAAAAGUCGCUUGCGACCACGCUCGAGAUCUUCCGCGUUAGGGAGAAGGGCGUUCCCGUCGAAGUUGUUGACACCAUUAAGGACACGGUCAUUAACUUCGCCUGGGAACCCAAGGGUGAUCGGUUCGUCAUCAUCACCACGACCGAGCCCGUCGGCGCCACCGCUGUGCCGCCCAAGACGGCCGUUUCGUUCUUCUGCCCAGAAAAGGCAAAGGGCAACGCAGUCGGCAACUUCAAGCACCUACGGACGCUCGAAAAGAAGAACAGCAACGCCAUCUACUGGUCGCCCAAGGGCCGCUUCGUCGUCAUCGCCACCGUUGCCAACACGCAGAGCUCCGACCUCGACUUCUUCGACGUCGACUUCGAGGGCGACAAGCCCGAGGCCGAGAAGGACCUGACUGCCAACCUGCAGCUCAUGAACACGUCCGAGCACUAUGGCAUUACCGAUGUCGAGUGGGAUCCCUCGGGCCGCUACGUCGCCACUUGGGCGUCGGCGUGGAAGCACUCCAUGGAAAACGGCUACCACCUCUACGACUUCAAGGGCGAGCUGCUGCGCGAGGAGGCCCUCGAGAAGUUCAAGCAGUUCGCCUGGCGUCCCCGCCCGCCGACACUGCUGUCUAAGGAGGAGCAGAAGCAGAUUCGCAAGAACCUGCGCGAGUACUCGCGCGUAUUCGACGUCGAGGAUCAAGAGCGCAUCAGCAGUGCCGACGUGGCCGUCGUCGAGGCCCGCCGCCGCCUGCUCAACGAAUGGUAUGCCUGGCGGGAGGAGGUCGAGCGCGACCUGACUGAAGAGCGUGCUGCGCUUGGCUUGCCCGAGAACCCUGUUGAGGAGUUGCUGAAGGAGAAGACGGCUGCUGCGGUGGCGCAUGUGGCUAAGGCGGAUGGUGGUGAGAAACAAGAGGAGCAGGUUGUUGAGGAGCUUACGGAGGAGGUGCUUGAGGAGACGGAGGAGGUAGUUAACUAGACCUCAGACCUCGUCCAUUCCAUACGGCUCCACCUUAGGAAGGAGAAAAGAGAUAGGAUUGAGGCUGAGGCUGGGUGGGUGGGGUUGGUCAAGAAGGCUGGAGCAACGUGAAUUCUGACUGUGUUUGUUUGUCGAUGAAAUUUUCCUCUUAGGUUCAUCUGUUCUGUCGUGUCUCUGUGCAAGAAUGGAUGGAUGGAUGUACAGGAUCCGGCCACUCAACACACUACCCUUCGCUGAGUGUACUUGUACCCUUGUUUCGGGCUCGAGAAGCGUGGCAAUAUACGCUGAAGCAGCAGAUCGGUGAUCUUGCAUGGAAUGCAGGAUCCUGGGAGUAGCACCUGUCUUGUUAUACUUGCUUACCAGUAGCACUUCACAUUGGCAUGGCUGGGUGUCAGCGCUCCUGCUUCCUG